UGGUGUUGAGAGUUUACACGAUGACAUGAGUCUCUGUCCAUGGUGUAGAGCUCUAUACAGUCCUGAUGAUCACACAUUUCGACUGACAUCAAAAAGAAGAAAAUCAAGAGAUAUUGUGCAACUUGAGAAGAAACUGAGAUUGGGACGACAUUUACAGAAGUUAGAAAGAAAACGAUAUCAAAAGUUUUACAAAGAAAGUAACUGUUUGAUAUUAUCAUGCAAGAGAUGCAAGAAAUCAACAAAGUUCAAGAUGCCUACACCAAUGAGAAAAGAGACAAAGUCGUUUAUGAGUACACCAGUGCAAGAUAGAGUUCAGGCACAACAUUCAAGUAUUUCACCAAUUGGUAGUCUAUCAUGGAAUACAACGCCUAACAACAGAUCUUCCUCCAGCUUUGGCAACACAUCUACACCAUCUUCAUCAACAAAGAAAUUGAAGCAAAGACAAAAGCAUUCUAAGUUACAAGAAAUGCUGAGAACUGCCAACCAUCAACAGUCUUUCUUGAAUUCCCCACUCACAGAAUUUCUUUCGUCUGUUUAGGACUUGGUUACAGCGACUGUUGUGGGGAUAGCCACAAUCUAUUUGGGAAUGUCUACGGUCGACUCAGGAAAAUCACUCAGUCAUGAGAAUUAGUUAACCAUUCGAUAGUUUUAUUCCGAACACUAAGAGAUAACAAGAUGGUGGCACAACUAGAAAGUGACAGAUUGUAUUGACCAUUUCAACUUGUGCGUAUUGUUGCUAUGCAGUUAUUCAAGAUGUUGACCAAUGCUAACCAUUGUAUUCUUGGAUUUUGUCAACCACUUAUUGUUUCAGAUAUUAAAUUUAAAUGACUGAGAAUUAUGGGAAAAGUGACAAGAAAAUGAAAUAAAAAUACAACCUAAAGAGACAUUAUUGCUUUCACACAAGAAGUUUUGUCUCUUUAACAUAGGGGAAAUGAUUUCUUGUGUUCACUGUAUAAUAAUUCCAUUACCGGUUGUUGAACCACAUAAUUAGAGCAAUUAAUUUGUUAAUCUGUUCUAGCAAACAAUCCACCUAUAUAUAUUGUCAUCACAUACUACACUACAAUACAAUACAAUUAAUAAAACUAUAGUUACAACACUA